AUGGUCAAGGGCGAGCUCUUUGCGUUCGGCUCGGCGGCGGCAGCGCUCGGCGGCGCAUACAAGGUCAGCGAGUUCCUGUACAAGGCCAAGCGGCUGCGUGACGUCGGGCCCGCCAACGCCGUCUACGUGCGCAUCAUCGGCCGCGUGCGCGCGGACCUCGACGAGGUGAAGCGGCUGCUGUCGGUCCGCGAGGUGCACGACGCGCUUGAGUCCAACCCGGACAAGUCCAAGUGGGUGUACGGGUGCAUGCGCGAUGUGCGCGGCGCCCUGGAGAACAUCACGCCGCACACGGAGCGCGUGGGCGGCGACAUUGAGGACGGCCGCCGCAUCGGCGUGCGGCACCGCGUCUACUGGCUGCUCAGCGAGAAGGAGAAGCUGGAGAACCGCGAGAAGGAGCUUGCCAUUGCCCACGCCAGCCUGACCGAGGUCAUCGGCUUCCUGUCGGGCCUCGAGCCGAUGGACGCGCCCAAGCGGCACAAGAAGGAGAAGGAGGAGAAGCAGGAGAAGACGGCCAAGGAGACGCACAUUGACAUUGACAUCCGGCGCGAGGCGCCCGCCAAGCACACGGAGCGCGUCGAGCACGUAGAGCGGGACGUCUGGGUCGAGCGCGACGGCCGCGAGCCGCCUCGCUACGAGGAGCGCCGCGACGCCUAUGUCGACGAGCGUGGCCCCCGCCCCUACGACGAGCGUGGCCCCCGCCCCUACGACGACCGCGGCGACCCGUACCAGCGCGACCUCGACUUUGAGCGCUACGACCCGGCCGACCCGCGGUACCAGCAGCACACGACGGAGCGCUUCGAGCAGCACGACCAGUACGAGCGCCACGCCGACGACGGCCGGUACGCCCACGCCGACGAGCGCCACGCCCAUCCCAACGACGGCCGGUACGCGCAGGUGCCGCUCGGCCGGCGCCCGGAGUCCUUUGAGGACCGGGUGCCGGACCGCUCGUCGUGGAUGCAGAGCAGCGCUUACCGCCGCCCCGACGGGUACGCCUCGCAGCAGCAGCAGCAGCAGCAGCAGCACAACCGUAGGUUCACAGGCGACUCUGGUUUCGGCGACGACGAGGUGCGGAACCCGCAGCCCGUGCCGCCAAACGCGCAGUAUGCGGAGCGCGAGGUUUGGGUCGAGCAGAAGGAGGACUUGCGGUUUGAUGAGUAUGGUAAUCGGAUCCCGGAUCGCUACUUCAGGCCUGAGUAUGCGUCUGUGCCGCGCCCGUACCGGACGAGGUUGUAG